AGGAGGAACAAAACAGGGAUAAGUAGCGUGAUUUGAAGAUUCAAACCCUAGGGUUCAACUCAUUUUCUUAUUCUCAUAGAGUUAAUCAUCACAUCUCAUUAACAAGGUAUACGGUAAUGGCCGCAAAUCCCCAAUUUUUUCACUUGCCCAAUUCAUCUCCAUGUUUCGACCAAGAGAAAUUUUCAUUUUGCUUGCCGCCCUAAAUCACAGGAAUUCCAUUUUUUUCAAUGCUUUUAGAAAAAUGGGGACUCUGGUUUUCCGUAGUAUGAUGUUGCUUGCGGAGAGGGAGUGCGUAGAGUCGCAGCUUCGGAACCCUAGAAGUUGUUCUGAAGUAUGGCCCAUGGAUUUCAACAUAAAGGCAGCUCCUUUCCUGGAAUCCAGAAACCAAAUAAGAAGAUUCAAAUUGAGGCCACCCUUUGCCUUAGACACUGGAGGUGGUGGCUCCCUCAAUACAGAUCCCCAAGGCAACUUUAAUGGUGACAAUGCUGGGCUUGGAAGGACAAGACUUGGAGAAAUAGUGAGCACCGGAGCUCGAGAGCUUCUCGAAAAGCUAAAUUCUGCUCGAAAGAACUUCCCCAUGAAAAUUUUUCUGCUUCUAUUGGGUUUCUACACGGCCAAUGCCUUGGCAACCAUUCUGGGGCAAACUGGAGACUGGGAUGUUCUUGUCGCCGGAGUUGUGGUGGCUUCUAUUGAAGCUAUUGGGAUGCUUAUGUACAGAAAGCCUUCAAGAAUGCGAAUAGGUAGAUUGAAAGCUUUGAUUGUUUUUGUAAAUUAUUGGAAAGCUGGUGUUUGUUUGGGUCUUUUUGUUGAUGCUUUCAAACUUGGAAGCUGAAAAAUUUGGUUCUGUAUUGGAUUUGAUGAUCAAUGAAUUAUAUUUGCUAGAAUUAAUUA